UCCUAUCAAUUCAAACCACUCUAUUCAAGUUGGUACCACGAACGAAUUCAGUCACAUACAAUGUAUGUAUGUGACUAAUGAGACGUUUGUUAAAUAACCAUUUCGGAACUGCUCAAACUUGUUACUCCAACAUGGCAGAUGCAGAUUUAUCUCGAUCCCUAAUAGAAGCAUUUAACUUCACAACAUCGCAAGCUAGAAUACAAAACGCAGCAUUAGAAAUUCCUAAAUACGACGGUGAGACAACCUCACUUACAAAUUUUGUACGUGCUGUGAAAACCGGAGCACAACAGUUAGUAGCUGGCGAAGAAACGCGAUACCUGCUCCAUGUAUUAAACAAACUCCGUGAAGCCGCGCGAGCUAGCGUAGAAGAAAAAGAUUUCACCACACUUGACGAUCUAAUAGAACACCUAAAGAAGCGAUAUGCUCCAGGAAGGAAUUUAUCUUCCUUCCUUAGUGAAAUAGGAAGACUGAGAAUAGGAAAGACGGAAAGUCUGAGAAAAUAUAUAAAUAGAACAACGAAACUAUAUCAAAAGACACGAGCCGCUCAACUUGACAAAUAUCGCAACGACAAAGAAAGGAGAGCGGAAUUAGAAGAACAUACUCUCAAAAAUUUUCUAUACGGAUUACCUCGUGAGAUACGCCAGGAGGUUGUAAUGAAAAAUCUAAAAUCGUUAGAUGCUGGAUUCGACCUAGUCAUGGAACUAGAAAGGAAAAUAAAAAAUCAUAAGCGAGCUCGCAAUAAUUAUGACAGUGAUUCGCCAGAUGACUACCGGAAGUCCAGAAGAAACCACUCGAGUAGGCGAUCACACAAACGAGUUUCGUACCCAAACUCUCCAAGCCCAUACGAUAGGUAUCACAAAAGACAUUACCGAGAUGUCUCUAGUUCAAGUUCAAGCGCGAGCUCUACUUCUGAAUCCAGUGAUGACGAAAGAGUCAAUCACCAUCGCACUUACGGAAUGCAUGUAAGGAGGUAUCGUUCAUCCUCAGCAUUCACCGACACUUCCAGGUCUCGCGAUCAGAAUAGAGAGAAAACGCCCGAACGUAGGAAGCAGCGAAAAAAAUUAUUUUGCUGGAAAUGCGGCAACAAGGGUCACGACGGAAAAACUUGCCGAAAAUCUCGUGCAAAAUCUCCGUCACCCAGUAGGGAGAGAAAUCAUCGAAGAUCCAAUCGCCAUAGAUCAUCCUCUACCGGAUCCACCGGUUCUUUAAACUCGGAAGGCGCUCACCGCGUUCCACACAUGGUGAGCGACAAGAAAUUCAAAGCGAACGACGAAGAGAAGACCGUGAGGUUCACGGACAGAACAACACCCAAGGAAGACCAGAAUACUACGUCAAGGAAGCUCCUCCACCGACGAUCAUCCUCCAAGUCCCCGAGCUAAGAGGAAAAGAAAAUAUCUUUCUAAUCGA